UUGUAUGGCUGUUAUGAAAAUCUUGUGGGUGGACAGCUGGCGGAAGCACUGCAAGACGUAUCAGGUGGUGUGGCUGAAACCAUCAGUGUCCAGAAGCAGCUGGAAAACGACCCAACCGAUUCGACGGGGAAACUAUUUCACACAAUCAAAGGGGCAUUCGAUCAAAAAGCUCUCAUCGUCGCCGCAAUCGCUGUACGCUCAAUGUAUGAUGAUGAUUAUAAUACUAGCUGA